AUCAGGGAGGCCUGGGAAGGCGAGGAGGGAGGAAACUGGAGCAGGAAGAGCGGCGGUGAGGCGGCGGCGGCGGCAGCGGCGGCUGAGUUGGUGGUGGCAGAAUCAAAGGCGACAGACAACUCCAGAGGGUGGCAGCGGGCCGCAAGAACAGGAUGCAGUUCCGGGUCCGGCUGACGCUGCUGCUCUGUGCGGUGCUACUGGGCUUGGCCGCGGUGUCCUCGGAUGAAGACGGCAACCAGGAUGAAUCUUUAGAUUCUAAGACUUCUUUGCCAUCAGAUGAGUCAGUAAAGGAUCACACUACCACAGGAAGAGUAGUUGCUGGUCAGGUAUUUGUUGACUCAGAAGAAUCAGAAUUGGAAUCCCCCAUUCAAGAAGAGGAAGACAACCGCAAGAGCCAGGAAGGGAAAAGUGCCACCGAAGAAAUCAGCUUUCUAGAAUCUCCACAUCCAGAAAAGGGAUAUGAAGAACCAAAGAAAGUACGGAAACCAGCCUUGACCGCCAUUGAAGGCACAGCACAUGGGGAACCCUGCCACUUCCCUUUCCUCUUCCUGGAAAAGGAGUACUUUGGGUGCACCUCCGAUGGGCGGGAAGAUGGCAGACUGUGGUGUGCUACAACCUAUGACUACAGAACUGAUGAGAAGUGGGGCUUCUGUGAAACUGAAGAACAGGCUGCUAAGAGACGGCAUAUGCAGGAAGCAGAAAUGCUAUAUCAGACUGGAAUGAAAAUCCUCAAUGGAAGCAAUAAAAAAAGCCAAAAAAGAGAAGCAUAUCGAUAUCUUCAAAAGGCAGCCAGCAUGAACCACACCAAGGCUCUGGAGAGAGUGUCCUAUGCCCUUUUGUUUGGGGAUCACCUGAUACAGAAUAUCCAAGCAGCCAAAGAGAUGUUUGAGAAGCUGACUGAGGACGGCUCCCCCAAAGGGCAGACUGCUCUUGGCUUUCUCUAUGCCUCUGGACUUGGUGUUAAUUCGAGUCAGGCAAAGGCUCUUGUCUAUUAUACUUUUGGAGCUCUUGGAGGUAAUCUAAUAGCCCACAUGGUUUUGGGGUACCGGUACUGGGCUGGCAUUGGAGUCCUCCAGAGCUGUGAAUCUGCACUGACCCAUUAUCGUCUUGUUGCCAAUCAUGUUGCCAGUGAUAUCUCGCUAACAGGCGGCUCAGUGGUACAGAGAAUACGACUGCCUGAUGAGGUGGAAAACCCGGGAAUGAACAGCGGGAUGCUAGAAGAAGAUCUGAUUCAGUAUUACCAGUUCCUGGCUGAAAAGGGUGAUGUACAAGCGCAAGUCGGUCUGGGACAGCUGCAUCUACAUGGAGGACGAGGAGUAGAACAGAAUCACCAGAGAGCAUUUGACUACUUCAAUUUAGCAGCUAAUGCUGGCAAUUCACAUGCGAUGGCUUUCUUAGGAAAGAUGUAUUCAGAAGGAAGUGAUAUUGUGCCUCAGAGUAAUGAGACAGCUCUACACUACUUUAAAAAAGCUGCUGAUAUGGGCAACCCAGUUGGACAGAGUGGGCUUGGAAUGGCCUACCUCUACGGGAGAGGAGUUCAAGUUAAUUAUGAUCUGGCACUGAAGUAUUUCCAGAAAGCUGCUGAACAAGGCUGGGUAGAUGGACAACUACAGCUUGGUUCUAUGUACUAUAAUGGCAUUGGAGUCAAGAGAGAUUACAAACAGGCCUUGAAGUACUUUAAUUUAGCUUCACAAGGAGGCCAUAUCUUAGCUUUCUAUAACCUGGCACAGAUGCAUGCCAGCGGCACAGGUGUGAUGCGAUCCUGCCACACUGCGGUGGAGUUGUUUAAGAAUGUGUGUGAACGAGGCCGCUGGUCCGAGAGGCUGAUGACCGCCUAUAACAGCUAUAAGGAUGGCGACUACAAUGCUGCGGUGAUCCAGUACCUCCUGCUGGCUGAACAAGGGUACGAAGUGGCGCAAAGCAAUGCAGCCUUCAUUCUUGAUCAGAGAGAAGCAACCAUUGUUGGUGAGAAUGAAACUUAUCCCAGAGCUUUGCUACAUUGGAACAGGGCCGCUUCACAAGGCUAUACUGUGGCUAGAAUUAAGCUUGGAGACUACCAUUUCUAUGGAUUUGGCACUGAUGUAGAUUACGAGACUGCAUUCAUUCAUUAUCGUCUUGCUUCUGAGCAACAGCACAGUGCACAAGCAAUGUUUAAUCUGGGAUACAUGCAUGAGAAGGGACUGGGCAUUAAACAGGAUAUUCAUCUUGCAAAACGCUUUUAUGACAUGGCAGCAGAAGCCAGCCCAGAUGCACAGGUCCCAGUCUUCCUAGCACUCUGCAAACUGGGUGUUGUGUACUUCUUGCAGUACAUAAGAGAAACAAAUAUUCAAGAUAUGUUCACUCAACUUGACAUGGACCAGCUUCUGGGUCCCGAGUGGGACCUUUACCUCAUGACCAUCAUCGCGCUUCUCUUGGGGACGGUCAUAGCCUACAGACAGAGGCAGCACCAGGACCUGCCUGUGCCCAGGCCUCCGGGGCCACGGCCAGCCCCUCCUCAGCAGGAGGGGCCGCCUGAGCAGCAGCCACCCCAGUAACUGCCACCAGGCUUAGCCCUGAACCUGUUUGCUGUGGACUUGUGUUUGACGUAAGACUCUGGAUUGGUGGCCACCUCCUGAAGAGGCAUGAGGAAGCAUUGAAUUCCUAAAGCUGCUUAGAAUCUGAUGCCUUCAUUUUCAGGGAUAAGUAACUCUUACCUAAGCUAAGCUGAAUGUUUGUUUCAGUGCCAUAUGAAAUAACAACUCUCAGUGGCUUUCUUUUUUUGGUCUGAAAACAUAUGAGACACUCAAAGUAAUGUCUGCUGCUGUACCAGCUGUCUUUCUCUUGGGUCCUUUUGCUCAUUUUCUCAGUGUGCUGAAGUUCUCAUACCAAACAUCUUUAAGGUCUGUGAUCACCACUAAGAACUCAUUGAUGUAAAAAGGAAAACCCAGUUAGUUUCAAGUUUAACUGUAAACAUGUUUAAAAGUCUGAAAGUAAAACAAAAAAAGGGUAUCUUCAGAGUGUUUUGGAACUGCAAUAACUGAGCAGCUUUUUUGCAAGUAUAUGCAGCAUAUCUUUUUAUUUUAAAAGGGAAAGCUGGGAAAUUUCUCUUUGGCAGUUGUCACACUUUGUGCCAUACUGCUCUCCUUCAGAGUCUGAAAGGCUUUGUUGAAAGGGUUCUCUGGAAACUUCACUUCCUUAUAUUGGAAAACAUGUAGGAUUCUGUGAACAGACUUCUUUGCUAACAUUAAUCUGCCCUGCCUACUCAGUGUAAUUUGCUGGUUUAUUUUGAGUAUACAGAGCCUUGAUCCAGAAGCCAGAGGCUGGACUAAGUGGGAGAAGUUAAAAGCAAUACUGAAAAACUCCAAAUGACGUACCAGCACCAUAGACACGCUUUCCCAAAAGUUGAAGCAUUUGCUCCCAGGUUUUAUUUUACUUUGCAUUUCUUACUGCACAAAGAACCAAUCACCUUCCUGAAUUCUUCAGAUGUGAAAUACCAUUUUUAGUAUUUGGCACAAAGUAACUACCAUUAUGAUACUAGAAGUCAGAGCACUGAAGAUGGAUUAAACUUGGUGACGGAUGAAAAGCAAGGCCUGUUUAUACUGUUCUGUCUAUUCAGGUAGCUUUUUCUGUCUGACAGUUGCGUGUUACAGGAGAAUGUCAGCUGCUUGCUUCUUAACCAAACUCAUCGUGUGCCUCCUGUUGGUGGCAUCAGGAAAUUCAGGGCUGCUCCACCAUAGAAUUGCUGGUUAGACUGAAAACAACUGCCACAAAGAUUGGCAGCUUCACAAUGUCACUCAAAUGAAAGAACUGAAACACAAGCUCAAUUUGGAUUCCUUUGUAUCAUCACAUGGUGGGAGCUGAUGUGAAACUCACCAGUAAAUGAGCAGUCCAUUGACACUUUCUGUAACCCUCAUCUGCCAGAAAACUUGAAGAAUUGUCAUGCUGUGGAUUUUGAAGUCAAGGUUGUUUUUAGAACUAGAUUUAAUCUACAAUGAACAUGAAGGCUUUAAAUGUGAACUUGUGUGCUUUUUUGUGUUUAGAGUAUUAUGGGAAACCUGGUAAGCAAACUUUCCUCCCAGAUAUUUGCUUCCAUGUUUAAAGAGGUGGUCACAGAGAGGACCAUACAUGUAAAACCAUAUCUGUGAGAGAGGAAAUCUGCCCUCCACGGUGUGAUGUUGCCUUGGCAGCCCUUGUAAAUCUGAAUACUUGUGUGGUCUCUGACGUUUAGAGAUUGGACUGCAGGUGGCACAGUAUGUCAGCAUCUUCACAGAUGCCUCUGCUCCACCCCUUCGGAAUCAGUACCCAGGAGAACAGCCACGCUUCGUUUAGAAAGCACUGUUUUAAUUGACUCAGCUCAGUGACACACACCUGCAGUUCUGGCCCCUUGGAACGGUGAGGCAAGAGGAUCAAUCGAGCCCAGCCACAAGUUUGAGAUCAGUUUGAGGCAACACGCGAAGACAUCCCCGCCAAAAGUGAAACUGCUUCUAAGCGAUGACUGCGAAGUUCCAUUUCCACCCCCACCAUCCAUCUCCUCCUUGCACAGCAAUUCUAGAUCGACCUUUACUUCCCUCCACUGGUACUCAGAGAAAACACUUCUUAAAUUAGUGUGCACUACCGAAGGCUGGACGGGCAGGUGUGGUCUUAUUCUUCGUGUACUAACAGGCCUCUGGUUCGUCUACCCCUGCCAUGUUUGUUUGUUUUUAAUUAAUACUGCGAAUAUCCUUCCCUUGACUAGUUUCCACCUCCUGUUUUUCCCUGGGCCUUUUGCUUCCAAAAAUUUAGAUAGUAGGUUUAACUUAGCCCUUACGGCUCCUUUUAAAGACUGUCUCAGUACUUGGUUCCCUUUGUCUUCUGUGUUCAUGGGACGUGGUACCUAAGCAAAUAGGAGUUGUGUUUGGUUUUUCUCCUAAAAAUAAUGCACAAUACUUACCUAAUCAAAUGGCAUCCAUUUGAAUAAAAUAACAAUAACUACAGCUAGUUAAUGUCAGUGACAUUAAACUAACUCCAGGAGUUGGGAGUUCUAGCGUUAGGGUUUAGACUUGCCGGUAGGAUGGCGUCAUCUCAUGCAGCCUCUCCCUCCUGACGCCUCUUCAGCCUCUCGGUUUCUGUCUCUGUGCUUUGCUUCUUUGGUCAGCCAGUAGUUUCAGAACCUUGAAAUCAUCCAUUUUGCUUCUAUCUUAUUUUACCAAGGUGGCAGUGGUUAGGGAUUUUUGGUUGUGUUUUCUUUUUGUGCUUGAAGUUUUUGUAUCUGUUUUCGAGGUGAGGCUUGUCUUAUUUUUGGUUAAUAGUGGCACAGAAAAAAUACAGGUUUUUUUUAUCCACAGUUGACUAUUUGGUAUUUAAAUCAGAUUGUGAACUAUUAAUCUUGACUUCCGGAGGGCUCAUUGCUCUUCUGCGUAUAAGGGUAAUUCCUGAGAGUGUGACCACCAAACUGUUUCAUUUCUGUACCAUUGGAAAAGCUUAGAAACUUCCGCCAGCAAUCUGGUGAUGAUCUGAUGAUGGAUUAAAUUAAAAGCCUCCAGGAAAUGCACACACACACACACACACAUAUAAAGCUUUUUGUGCUUUAUUUUUCUUUUCUCUGCCU